GGGGAUCGAUUGACGGGGCCACCGCACGUGGCCGUCGCGAGAGCUUGUUUGUAUUAAGAUUAUUAAACCAGGGGAUGAUAACGGCAUUAUUGAAUGGUAGCGAAUAUUUUCUUUGUGUUCACAAUAGACAUGUGAUACUCGGGGAAUAUAACGGUCGAUGACAACUGUCGCUGUUAUAAGAGGGAUUUGACAGUUCAAAUUUAAAACAUUCGAUUUGGAUAUCUUGAAGGUUUAAGUUCGUUGUUUGCUACUGAAACGAUUUGUAACCAAUAUUUACGAUAAACAUUGAGAUUUAUUGGGAGAGAGAUUUUAUGAUUAUGAGUGUAUUGAUUUAACGUGACGUUAGCAUUACAAGUAUUGAUCCGGAGGAUGGUAUGUACUCGACAUCAGAUCAUCCAAGAUGGAUGCGAGGAACAAUGGACCUGGAAUAAAAAGGAUAAAUCUCACGAAGUCAAGGUACAAGGAAAAAGAUACUUAACUGCACACUUCCACCCUAACUGGUCUAAUGGUACGGCGGGUGUCCGAGGCAGUGUACCACUUAAUUAUGGAAGACAUUACUGGGAAAUCAAGGUAUCGCAGAGAAUCUUUGGAACCAGUAUGAUGUUUGGAAUAGGAACAAGACGUGCUAGAUUACAUGUAGAUUCAUUUGUUAAUAUGUUAGGAGAAGAUGAACACAGUUGGGGACUUUCGCAUAAAGGACUUCUUUGGCAUAACGGACAGUGUAAAGAAUUCACGAAACCUUUCACAGAAAACCAAGCUACUACUUUGGGAAUGCUUUUUGAUUGGUUCGAAGGAACUUUAACAUAUUUCAAGGACGGUGUGAGUCUCGGUGUUGCUUUUACAGGACUGAACAAUAUUGAAGAGGACUUAUUUCCUUUAGUUUCGUCAACUGCGGCCAAAACAGAGAUGACGUUAGGAAUUCGUCGUCGAGCGUACUUAAGUUUACAAGACCGAUGCCGUGCGACGAUUCUGUCCAGUGUAAAGAGACAAAACGAAAUUGACAUUCUCCCUCUACCAAAAACGAUCAAAAGAUUCUUGAAAAAUUAUAACAACAGUACAUGUAGGUAACAAAUGUAGCAUGUUUUUAUUUGAUGAAAAGUUCUAUUAUGUUUAAACUAUUUUUUUAUGGUUAUUCUUAUUUUCAAUGCAAUCAGCAAAUUCUUGAAAAUCUCAAAUUUCAUAUUUUCGAAUUUCAUUUUUAUAUCUUAAUACAAUUCUAAUUUCAUCCAAUUUAAUUGUUCACAUUAUUCAUAAUUUAGAAGAAGUCACGGUAUUGAACAACACAGCGACAAGUCCGUUAUAAACUAUAUCGAUUAAUCGUGCCAGCUGCUGCAUAAUUCAUGCACAUACAGUAAUAAAAAUAUUUGACUUCUUUGUUUGAACAUAACACAGAUUUAUAGUAGACAUAACUAUUUUUUUUAUGUGAUUGUACAUUUAAGUAAUUUUAAUUUAUUUAAUUUAUAUUAUUGAAUACGAAAUGUGUUAAUAUUUCAAUUUGGAUGAGUUAAUCUAGUCAUUGUGAUAACUUAUUUAAUCAGAACGAGUGAGGAGUGCGCGCGUGUGUAUGUGUGAGUGUGUUUUCUGAGAUAAAAUGUAUGGUUGAAUGUAUGUAAAUUAAGAACGGAUAGAAAUGUUGCAUAGUAUGUCUGUGUUUUGAAGAUGAAAACGAAUAUUGAUGAAUAAAAGCGCUGACAGGAAGAGAUGUGUGAUUGUUUGAUUGAUUUUAUUUAUUAUUGAACGGAUCUACAGAAAUCCUAUUGUAAUCUAAUUAUUUUGUGUGAUGUUCUAGAAUCUCGGGCUGGGACCCAGUGCAAUACGAACAAAUUCAUUCUUCAUUGUGUUAUAAGGUUUUCAACAUGAUCUCAUGAGUAGGUUAUGUAUAUAUUUAUAGAUUAUUUAUUGUUGUCAUGGAAAUCAUGUUGUACUUCAUUGAUACAUGUAUCCUACUUUAUUUCGGUUUUCAAAGUAUUUCCCUCUGUGAUAUUGUUUCAUUUCUUUGUAUUCAAACAUCCAAUGUUUUUUUUUCUAAAUUUCGUUUUCCUCCAAUUUUCGGUUAAUUUUGAAGAAAGGUCAAAUGGAAAUAUAAAGAACAAAUGCUUGAGGUUGUCAUUUCCUUUUUCUUCGUUGAAAACGGGUGAAUUUUGUAUUUUCGAUAAAAGGAAAAAGUAGUUGAUUUAAAUUUGAACGAAUGUUGAAACCUUAACAUGAAAAUGUAUUUUGCUAUAUUUAUAAGAUUUUGUGUACUUAUUAUGUUGUAAUACAAUAUGAAACUUA